AGGCUACGACAGGUAAAGCCAUUCCCGUACCCCAGGAAAUUUAAAAGACUUCAAUUUUUUUGUCGCAGAAAAUAUACGAACGUAAAAUAGAAAUUGGCACAAAACUCUGAGAUUCCAGCAUUUUCGAACUUUGCCGAACAGAUCCUUUUCACAACGAGAUGGAUUACAGGCAUGAACAUGUGUUAUCAAAAUCUUAUAUCCGGCAUGGAUAAUUUAUAAUGAGGCUUCUAAAUAACUUCACCUUCCUCACCGCUCUUCUCGAAACUCCGAAUACUUACAGAUUUCGCAAGAGCAGAUGUUUUUGUGUGAGCACAUUUGGUAGAGGCAGAGAGCACAAUUAUUGUUUGAACGUACACGAGCUGUGCGAGCAGGGGAGAUUCAUGGAGGCUCUGCAAAUUUUCCACGAAAUGAAGAGAAGUGGGGUUGUUGUAGACUCUAAUACCUACACUAGUCUUUUGCAGGGCUGUAUAAAUUUGAAAGCCUUGGAUCAAGGCAAGCUAAUCCAUGAACAUAUGAAGUCCACUGGAUUUGAGGCCACCCUCUUUCAAAUGAACUGCCUUGUUAACAUGUACGUUAAAUGUAGAAGUUUGGAAAACGCUCGGAAAGUGUUUGAUGAAAUACCCCAUCGAAAUGCGGUUUCGUGGAGUGCGAUGAUGGCUGGAUAUGUCCAGCAAGGCCACGAAGAUGAAGCUCUCGAGCUUUUUCGUGCAAUGGCGAGAACAAGUAUGGAGGUUUCCUGCUUUGCCCUUGGAAGUGCCAUGAGAGCAUGCGCCAAUCUGCAAGUUAAUGGAUUGGAUAUGGGCCAGCAACUCCAUACCCACAUUAUCAAAACGGGUUUUUACUGGAAUGAUGUUCUCAGCAAUGUUCUGGUCCACAUGUAUGCAGAAUGUGGUAGCAUGGUGGAUGCACGACAAGUGUUUGACAAAAUGCCUCAACGUAAUUCGAUUUCAUUUAAUGCCAUGAUUUCGGUAAGCUCACAACAUGAGCGUAAUGAUGAUGCUCUCAAGCUUUUUUGUGAAAUGCAACAACUGGGUAUGAAGCCAAACCACUUCACCUUUGCAAGUGUCAUCACAGCGUGUGCCGCUGAAUCAACUAGGGAGCAGGGCAAGCAAGUUCAUGUUCAGGCCAUGAAAAUUGGGUGCACAUCAAAUGUUUUUGUUGGGAGUGCUCUUGUGAACAUGUAUGCUAAAUGCAGGACACCAAACAGUGCACGAAAAGUAUUUGACAGAAUGCUUGACAGGAAUGUGGUUUCCUGGACUGCCAUGAUGGUCGGAUACGUUCUAAAUAACUUUGGAGAGGAGGCUAUUGAGAUUUUUGUUGAAAUGCAGCGCGCUGGAAUAAACCCAAAUUAUAAUUCAUUCGCCAUUGUACUUAGUGCUUGUGCUAAUAUUGAAGCACUUUUUCAGGGGACACAAAUCCAUGCCCAUGCUGUCAAAACCGGAUUUGAAUCAGAUGUUUCUUUGGGUAACGGGCUUGUCAACAUGUAUGCUAAAUGUAGAAACAUAGAGGCGGCGCGGAGGGAAUUUGAUCUUAUGUCUCAACUAGAUUUGAUCUCAUGGAAUGCCAUAAUUUGUGGAUACACCCAGAACGAAACUCAUGACGAGGCCGUGAAACUUUUUACUGUAUUACUACAAGAUGGCUUGAAGCCAGAUUGCGUUACUUUAAUUAGUGUCCUCAGUUCUUGUGCCAAUUUAAAUUCUUUAGAAAUUGGAAAACAAAUUCAUGCUUUUGUAUUUACAUGUGGAUUAGAAUUAAACGUGUCUGUAGGGAAUGCUUUGAUUACAUCAUAUGCUAAAUGUAGAAGCAUUGUGCAGUCCCGCCAAGUGUUUGAGAGAAUGAAUAAAAAAGAUUUAGUAUCAUGGAAUGCUAUAAUCGGAGGUUAUGCCCAAAACGAGCUCACAUCAGAGGCCAUUGAACUCUUUCAGUAUAUGCAAAAGACAAACGUACCCAUGAACGAUGUCACCUUUGUUAGCAUCCUAAGUGUACUCAUCUGUCCUGAAACCCUUGACUUUGGAAAAGAAAUCCAUUCUCAUGUGAUCUGUUCUGGAUUUGAGAAGGAUAUUUGUGUUAAGAAUUCCCUUGUUACAAUGUAUGCGAAAUCAGGAAGAAUGGAGGAAGCAAGUAAAAUGUUUAAUAAAAUGGAAAAACCAGACUUGGUUUCAUGGAAUACAAUGAUUUCAGGAUAUGCCCUUAAUGAGCAUAGUGAAGAGGCCUUGAAUUUUGUCUGCAAAAUGCAAGAAAAAGGCUUGAAGUUAGACCAUUUCACCUUUGCCACCGUUCUAAGGGCAUGCGCCAGUGUAGCAGCUCUGGAAAAUGGCGAGGAGAUCCAUGGCAACAUCAUCAGAGCAGGUUUUGAUUCAGAUAUUGUUGUUGGUAGUGCCCUUGUGGACAUGUAUGCGAAAUGUGGAAGUAUAGAAGGUGCACGUAGUGUGUUCGACAAAAUGGCUGUUCGAAAUGAUGUCUCAUGGAAUGCCAUGAUUUCAGGAUAUGCUCGACAUGGGGAUGCCAAGGAAGCUUUGCAACACUUUGACCUAAUGCAAAUGGAGGGCCUGAAACCAAGCCACAUCACUUUCGUUGGUGUUCUAUCUGCCUGCAGCCACGCAGGGCUAGUAGAUAAAGGCCGUAAGUAUUUUGUUUCAAUGAACUCAAUUUAUGGCGUCGCACCAAAACUAGAGCACUAUGCCUGCAUUGUUGAUCUUCUUGGACGAGCCGGAUCCCUAGUUGAGGCAGAGGACUUUAUUAACAGGAUGCCUGUACAACCUAAUGCUUUUAUAUGGCGAACUCUGCUUGGUGCUUGCCGAGUCUAUGGUAAUAUGGAGAUAGGAAAACGAGCAGCCGAUUGUCUUCUGAACUUGGAACCACAAGAUUCAGCAACUUAUGUGCUUUUAUCAAAUAUUUAUGCUUCUGCUGGCAAAUGGGAUGAUGCAAUAAAGGUGAGAACGAUGAUGAAGGGCAGAAGGGUUAAAAAGGACCCAGGGUGGAGCUGGAUUAAACUGAAGAGUGAAGUACAUGGAUUUCUAGUAGGGGACAGUUCACAUCCACAAACAGAGGAGAUUUAUGCAAAGUUGGCUAGCUUAUCUGAGCAAAUGAAGGAGAUUGGGUAUAUACCGAAUACAAACUUUACAUUGCAUGAUGUGGAGCAGGAGCAGAAGGAGCACUUCCUAUCAUACCAUAGUGAGAAGUUGGCCAUUGCUUAUGGGCUUAUUUGUACACCUGCAGGCGUUCCUAUCCGAGUUAUUAAAAACCUCCGUGUUUGUGGUGAUUGCCAUUCAGCCAUUAAGCUAAUUUCCAAGAUCGAGGGACGGAAAAUUGUUGUUAGGGAUUCCAACCGAUAUCACCAUUUUAUUAAUGGGUUAUGUUCUUGUGGAGAUUAUUGGUGAUAAAUUGAAAAAACUCAUAUUAUUUUUAUUGCCUUCUUGAUGGAGGAAUGGUUUUCUAGUGGAGGGAAGGGAGAAUCACCUGUCACUGUGUCUCCAUUUCCAAUGAUUGCACUGCUGAAAUCCUAUUAAACUGUGCUAGAAUUUGGCUCCAAAAUGCAACCCAACAUCUAUUUUUUAGCACCUAAGGUGUGUGAGAAGUUCAGCUGAUGUGCUAUACAUGACUUCUGGCUGCCCACAACAACAAUCAAUCUCAUUGCUUAGGAGGGAGUUUGCAACUGCAAGCAGACUAUGCUCUCAUAAAAAUUGACUGGUUCCCAUUUGUCAGGAGUGCAUGACCUCACAUAACAUUCCACUGGUUCAAAGGUUAACAGUAAUUUUUUUCCAUUUUAGAAUAAACCAACUAUUUACAACUGUUGUGCAAGGAUGAAAUGAGAUGGAUUGACAAGCUCGCUUUCCUGGGUGGAGGAGGUCAUAGAUUCGACCGCGGCCUUUUGCCACUUGAAAAUUUUGGACCAUGGAACGUCACGCAGGGCUGGAGUACAUACCAUCAACAUUUCUAGUUUUAGUCUUUAUUCAAAUUCUCUUUGGAAGCGAAUUUCCUGUAAUUAGAACUUUUCAUGCAAUGCCAGAAAAUGAUGUCAGCAAUGCGCAUUAAAAGUAUUACAACUAAAUGCCAGUUAAGUGCAAGAAGGACGUGCAGAAUAAGAAAAGAAAGAAAAGAAAGAAGACUAUUACAAGUUGGAGCCAACCUUUUAAUCAAUUUGACAGGUUUCCAUGCAUGGUGCAUCAUAUCCAUAAAUGUGUGGGACGCUUUUCUUGUAUGGUAAGAUGAGCAACAGCUUAUAAGAUUGCAUACCUUGCAUGCUGCAAGGUAUUGUAAGACA